AUGGGCCCCUCUGAGAUCGGCCUGCUGGCCACCGUAGGAGUCACUGAGGUGGAGGUGCAGAAGUUCCCAGUGGUGGCUGUCAUGUCCACUGGCAACGAGGUGAACACACACAUAUACAUGCACACAUAUUUUGCCAUCUCUCAUGGUGUCUUUAAUACCCGGGUUUGGGGUGGCAGAUAGCCUAGAGGUUAGAGAGGCGAAUAGGACAUCAACCGAUUGUCGGUUUGAAUCCCGGGUCUGACGGGAAAAUCUUGCAGGAUGUGAGACGGUUUCCUGUAGACAAUGAACAAUAAAGGAAUGUUCUUCUUUGCGUGCGUGUGUGUGCGUGUGUGCGUGUGUGUGCGUGUGUGCGUGUGUGUGUGCGUGUGUGCGUGUGUGUGCGUGCGUGUGUGUGCGUGUGUGUGCGUGUGUGCGUGUGUGUGCGUGUGUGUGCGUGUGUGCGUGCGUGUGCGUGCGUGUGCGUGUGUGUGCGUGUGUGCGUGUGUGCGUGUGUGUGCGUGUGUGCGUGUGUGUGCGUGUGUGCGUGCGUGUGUGUGCGUGCGUGUGCGUGCGUGUGCGUGUGUGUGCGUAGCUGUUGAACCCAGAGGAUGACCUGCACCCAGGGAAGAUCAGGGACAGUAACAGAUCUACACUGCUGGCCACCAUUCAGGAACAUGGCUACCCUACCAUCAACCUGGGCAUCGUCGGAGACAAGUCAGUCAACAACAUUCAAUCAUAACCCUCAGUAACAAUGGCUUCAUCUACCCUCCUAGAAAACAUUGGGCUGGUUUCCUGGACAUACAUUAACCCUAGUCCUGGACUAAAAGCAUGCUCAAUGGAGAAUCUGAAAGUGCUUUUUAGUCCAGCACAAGGCUAUAAUCUGUGUCUGGAAAGCUAUAGAUUAAUCUACAAUCAGAAAGAUGGGAGGGUAUGAACUGUGACCCGUGACCUUUCCCCUACAGCCCAGACGACCUCCUUAACGCCCUGAACGAGGGCAUCAGCCGUGCUGACGUCAUCAUCACCUCAGGGGGUGUGUCCAUGGGAGAGAAGGUAAGAUUAUAUAAAACUUAUUAGAAGUUAAAAAAUAAUAAGGUAAUGAGGUGUGAGGCAGCGAGCUCAUUUAGAUAUAUUGUAGAGCUAAGUAAAUUCCAUAAUGGCUCGGGAGUAGGGGCUAGUGGCAUUGUCCUUUGUCAGAUGGCAUCAUUCUAACACGACACGCAGUUGAGACAAUUGGGCUAGGGGUGGAGUUUGGUCUCUAUGUUGAACCUCAAGUACUGUGCAUCUUGCUACACUCUGCUGUCCCCUGCUGUUCUGAUCCAGCUGUUACUUCUGCUGUUCUGAUCCAGCUGUUAUUCCUGCUGUUCUGAUCCAGCUGUUACUCCUGCUGUUCUGAUCCAGCUGUUACUCCUGCUGUUCUGAUCUAGCGGUUACUCCUGCUGUUCUGAUCCAGCUGUUACUCCUGCUGUUCUGAUCCAGCUGUUACUUCUGAUGUUCUGAUCCAGCUGUUACUCCUGCUGUUCUGAUCUAGCGGUUACUCCUGCUGUUCUGAUCCAGCUGUUACUCCUGCUGUUCUGAUCCAGCUGUUACUCCUGCUGUUCUCAUCCAGCUGUUACUCCUGCUGUUCUGAUCCAGCUGUUACUCCUGCUGUUCUGAUCCAGCUGUUACUCCUGCUGUUCUGAUCCAGCUGUUACUCCUGCUGUUCUGAUCCAGCUGUUACUCCUGCUGUUCUGAUCCAGCUGUUACUCCUGCUGUUCUCAUCCAGCUGUUACUCCUGCUGUUCUCAUCCAGCUGUUACUCCUGCUGUUCUGAUCCAGCUGUUACUCCUGCUGUUCUGAUCCAGCUGUUACUCCUGCUGUUCUGAUCCAGCUGUUACUCCAGCUGUUCUGAUCCAGCUGUUACUCCUGCUGUUCUCAUCCAGCUGUUACUCCUGCUGUUCUGAUCCAGGAUGUUACUCCUGCUGUUCUCAUCCAGCUGGUUUGGCUGACCUUACUGCUUAGCUGAAUUCUUUGCUUCUCUCUGGGUUUUCUGCUCCAAUUACCUCUGUUAUUGGAUCACACAUGUACACCUCACCCUCAGACAGACAUGGAAACGUGUCAGUGGAGAUAAUCAAAGUUUCAGUUUAAACCCACUGACUCGAUAAGAAGUUUAACACUCCUAUGACAACUUCUUCCUCAACAUCAAUAUAAUAAAAGGAACUUUAUAAUUUAAUUUAAUUCAAUUAACUUUAUCGGCAUGAAAUACACUGUAAAUACAACACAAUAAUAUACAAUGUAUCUCUUUAUGUUUCAGGACUACCUGAAGCAGGUGCUUGACAUUGACCUCCACGCCCAGAUCCACUUUGGACGGGUCUUUAUGAAGCCAGGGUGAGACAUUUCUUUAAAAAUAUACAUUAAGCUACCAAAGUUUAGAGGGAUAUGUCUUUUUAAUUCAUAAAGUGAGGAUGGUUUAGGAGAGACGGAUAGUGAAUCUUGGUUCGUCUUCUGUUCUCUUCUCUUAGUCUCCCCACCACGUUCGCCACUGUAGACAUUGACGGGGCACGGAAACUGAUAUUUGCCCUACCAGGUAUGUGUUUAUGAGAUCUGCAUGUGGUGUACUGUAUAUACAGUAUCUGUUGUUUGUGUGUAGGCCCGUAAAUGUUGUUGUUGAGUCUUAGGACUGGCAGGGGAUCGCCGGCCUUGACUGAGAUCUCAGACACACAUCUGUGUCUCUGCUCUGAGUCCAAAACACCACCAUUUAACAACCAAAUAUAUGUUUCCCUGAGAGAAACAUGUUAUUAAUCCAGCAGCAUGCCCUCAGACAGAGAUAAUGUUUCUCUUUAAACACACUCCCCUUUCAGUUUCUACAGCAUCCUGGAACAAAACUGCCUUCCUUCCACAGCAGCAGUUUUUUUCCCGAUUGAUCAUUUACAUUUUGUAUCUGAGUUGUCGUUUGUAUUAUAAAUAUGUUCGUGUGAGGGAAUGUUUUAUACCAGCCCUCCAAAACCGUGCUCCUAUGUUUUACCUCAGACCCACCCAGCUAUAAACAUCAAACCUCAGCCAGCCCAGACCCUUAUGCACACCAAACCUGAAAUUUGACCCCUAUUUGACCCACCCAACCAACCAAAAAGCCCUGCUGUCAGCAACCUCUUGUCCUUCUACUCUCCCAGCCCCCCCUGUACCUCGACCUCUCCAUAGCCCCCAGCAGGCCCCCUUGCCUAUGCCUGUCCUAUUGCCUCCCCCAGCCCCCCUGCCUCUGCCCAUCCUACGUAUGUUCGGUGGGCUAGUCUGUGGCUGUGGUGACCGCCACUCUUUUUAUAUUCCUCCUUUAAGGUAAUUUCACCUUCAGAGAUACAGGCGCCAUUCUCAUCGACCCUGUCCCCGACAGUGAGGCAAGCAGGGUGCCCGUGCCACCGCCCCCGCGCGGAAGUAGGUGCUACCACCGUGGUUGACCGUACCGUUCAGUGUGCUCACUGCUCUCUACCUGAAAGCAAGCUUACUUCAACUGAGCUCAGAAAACGGAAUUUAAACUGAAAAUAGGAAAAUGGUUUUUCUUUAAGUGCUUAACUGAAACUUGACCGAACUCAAAUGAUAUGGGCUUAAAAUUAUCUCAAAAUGCAAACUGGAGGCCAAAUUAACCAAAUUAACAAAUGUACUUUUAUUUAAUUUUUGUGUCCCAAACUUUGGGCAUGUUUGGACAUGUUUGGGGGCAUUUCUUUCUGUUUUUUUAGUAGUGAUUAAGCUAAAUAAGAUCACUACACCUUUUAGUAAACCCAAACUUGAAUCUUAACAAAAUUAUUAACAUAAAAUAAAGAGUUGUUCUUUUCUUAUGUGAUUUUCUGUUCUGUUUUCUGAGAGAGAAAUAUUGUUUUGUUUCUUUAACGUUUCUGUGGCGUUGCUGUUGGUUCUGUCGCGCCUCGUUCUGUUUCAGUGUCCUCCCGAGCCCCUGCCCCUGCGGAUAUCUUUCCCAUGAUUCCAUGCUGUUGCUUGUUGUUGUGAUUUGAGAGCGCUACUCACCCUUCCCCCUGCUGUUUCAUUUUAUUUGACCUUUUUUGACACCUCCCAUCACCGCUGCUGGUUGGUGUAAAGAGAGAGCACUCACAAACUUUUCCCACUCUCCCCAAAGAGCGCUCACCCUCUUCUCCCACUCCCCUAAAGAGUGUACCCCACCAGUCCCUCUUCUGUGCACACCUAAAAAGGCAGAAGCGUACCUGUCUCAACUGUCUGCUUCCCCCAGCCCGGGCUCCCAGCCCAAGUCCCCAGCCCAAGUCCCCGUCCCAGCCCGGCCCCAUACUGACAGGCCAGUGGGGUGAGAAGAGAACCACUCUGCUCUCUGCACUGAGCCCUUAUCCUGUCCUACAGGGGCUGCCAGCUGGAGCAUGUCAAUAACAACAGUGCUCUUCCACCCCAACCCGUCCAAACCUUCCCUGGCCUAUCCUGUCAUCUCUCCCCUUAGCCCUCUGAACAGCGGUAAUGUCACGUCCUUGUCGCCCUCUCAUCCUCAGCCCCUCUCUCUCUGUUGGUCAGGUAACCCAGUGUCUGCGGUUGUCACCUGUAACCUCUUCGUCAUCCCUGCUCUGAGGAAGAUGCAGGGGAUCCUGGACCCUCGGCCCACCAUCAUCAAAGCCAGGGUAAGUUAACAGCAGAGUAAUAUAUAUAUAUAUAUAUAUUUUUUCAUUAAUUUUUUUACACAUAGCUUUAAUGCAAAUACAUUAGGGUUUAAAGUUGAGUGUGAUGUCAUCAUUCUGCGCCCUGCUCUCUCCUGUGUGUGUAAACAGCUUUCCUGUGAUGUAAAGUUGGACCCUCGUCCUGAGUACCACCGCUGCAUCCUGACAUGGCACCACCAGGAGCCUCUGCCAUGGGCACAGAGCACAGGUAUUAUCACAUACACACAAUAGUUUGUCAUCAGCACGUUUGCAUGGAAAAAAUGAAUAAGGGAAAAUGCGUAUCAAAAAGUUGAUCCUUGUCAUGUUAUUGGCUCUCUCUCUCUGUCUCCCCACCCUCCUCCCUCUCUCUCCCCCCUCUCCUCCCUCUCUCUCCCCCCUCUAUCCCUCUCUGCCAACCCUCUCCUUCUUUCGCGCUCUCGCUCUGUCUCUCUCUUAAUCUCUCUCUGUCUCUCUCUCUCACCCCCUACAGGAAAUCAGAUGAGUAGUCGACUGAUGAGCAUGAGGAGUGCCAACGGGCUGCUGAUGUUGCCUCCUAAAACAGAGCAAUAUGUGGAGCUGCAUAAAGGAGAGGUUGUGGAUGUGAUGGUCAUAGGACGACUAUGAUGAUGUCUUCUUACGGGGACAGAUAGAUAGAUAGGAAGAGAAAGUGGUGCAUGUCCACAUAUCAUAACUAUUCUGUAAUAUGCAACGGCACAGCUAGUUUUUAUUGAUUUGGAUAAUAAAGUUAAUCAAGUAUAAUUAAUCAACAUCUCGAACACAAAAUAAAUGAGUACAUACAUUGAUCAUGAAAUCUGAAUUUGAAAAGAUUGUAUUUCAAAGAAAGACAAAAUGUUAUACCUUUUAAAAGUGAAAAUAAUAUAUAAAACAUAAUAGAUUUAUUCUGUAAUAUAUUAUUAUUAUAAUAUUAUUAUUAUUAAUAUUAUAUUGUCAUAUUAAGCAACUCUGUUUCUCAUUCAUCCUCGCAAUUGCUCUGUGUUUUCAACCCUAGAACUUAUAGAUAGAUAGCAGUAGCAUUUCAAUAACAAGCUUUAGGUGCAAAGAAAACACACAAGAAAACUAUUUUCUUAUCUCACUAAAAAAAGAUAGAAAAUACAUCUCUUGUUUUUGAACAAGGAAAACCCCUUGGAGAUAAUGUCAGAAGUCCCCCUUGGGCU